AUGACGGCUUCAUCUAUUGACGAGGAGAUCUUCACUGAGGCAGCUGUUGGCUACGGCAAUGCGCCCAGCAAGGCUCCUCUUUCUCCAGCUACGGCACCGGCCAAGGCACCCCUCAAGCCACCAGUUACAGCACCUGCACCAACACCAGUGAAGGCGGCUCCACCUCCUAUUCUACCACCGGUGAACAUUACAGAGUGUCCACGUCUUUGUGGAGUAAGGUGUUCACUGCAUUCAAGGAAGAGGCAGUGCACAAGGGUGUGCAUGACUUGCUGCCAACGCUGCAAAUGUGUUCCACCAGGCACGUACGGUAACAAGGAGAUGUGCGGUAAGUGCUACACUGAUAUGACCACCCACGGUAACAGACCCAAGUGCCCUUGA